AUGAGAAUGCACAGGCUGCUACCACUGAUGUCCCUUUUGUUAUUCUUUGCUGGAGUUGUACUCAGUAAAAGAUGUCCUCCUUCAAAAAACAUCCACUUUGCUCCGGGUAUGAAGUUUGAUCUACAAAUGAAUAGCUGUAAUCAUUCUCCUUCGUAUGCGACUGAAGCACAUACCCGUUCUCUGUCUCCUUGGGAAUACAGUAUGAAUGAGGACAAGAACAGGUUCCCAGCCAUUAUUGCUGAGGCAAAAUGCACACACAAUCGAUGUGUGGAUUCCACCGGUAACCUGGACACAAGUGCGUCUUCUGUUCCCAUCAACCAAGAAAUAUUGAUCUUGAGGCGCCCAGAGGGAGAUCCUGAAGGGGGCAUCAUGCUGGACAAGCAACUAAUCACUGUGGGAUGUACUUGUGUUUGGCCUAAUACACACGAAACAAAACAAAAUUAAUUAAGAAACUGUUUGAGUCAUGGAACACUUCUGUCUGAUUCUCUUUCUUCCUUGUAUCUCUUCCUCUCUCUGUUUCUUUCUUAUUACA